AAAGGUCUGCUACUAUGUCACUCUCUCUCACAUUCACCUUUGCCCUCUUGACCUCUGUUCUGAUUGACCCAGUGUCGGGAAACCAGCAAUGCCAAGCGAGCCCUUUGCUUAUCAACCCUACUGCGCAGGUGCGGUUUUCCGUGGUGAGCAGCAUCCGCCAAAGCACCAGGACGGAAGAAUGUUACAGGGUAUCCCAGAAUGCUGUGCAGUAUCUUGCCGCCAUACAGUGGGCAGUUGACGUCAUCAACUCCUUGGAGUUUCUCAAGGUCAUGUCUCUUGGGUUUGAUGUAUAUGACGACUGCGGGCUGGACAGAUUAAGUACCUAUGGUGCCAUGAAUGCCGUCAGUACGUCAUUUCCGGCCAAAGUGACUAACUGCACAGAGAACAAGACAAUUUAUAAUUUAGGAAUACUCGGUACUUCAAGAAGCCAGACGGCCAAACAUGUGGCGAGUCUUCUAAAAGGCACCAAUAUCCCCAUGCUGAGCCCCUUCGCCUCCCUUCCUGAACUCCGUAACUAUGACAACUUCCUACGAACUACGCCAGACGAUACUCAACAGGUCAAGGCCAUUGUUCAGUUGUUGUUGGAACUUGAUUGGACCUACGUGGCGGCUAUACAUACUGAUGAUAACUAUGGAUAUAACGGAAUCAAGGAAAUCCAAGUUCUUGCAAAGAUCCACAACAUUUGUGUCGAUGUAGUCGAAAGCUUUAGUUCCACAGAAGAUUUCAGUUCGGACACCACAAGACAGAACCUGUAUGGAAAACUAGAAAAACAACAGGAGCGUUCAGAAGGACGCCGAUUGGGCGUUAUCUACUUUGGGAACAAGAACGUGAUCAAAUCGUUGUUAAGUCGUAUUCGAUUGGACAACAAGUUCAAAGAACUGAUCUGGCUCAUGACGGACUUUGUGGGGCGGAGUGAGGACGUGUUUAGCACUGUGGAGAACGUUUCCAGUGGUUAUAUCACAGUCUCCUCUGCAUCAGUACUAAUAGAGAGAGCAAGAGAACACUUCAACGAUACGUGGAAUAACAGGACCUCGGGUUCAGAGGAUCCAAUCGAAAGAUUGUUGUCUGAAGUUGGAAACGAGGCUCAGGAGAGUUACAGGUCGGAUUAUGUUCGUCCAGUCGUGGACGCGGUGUUUGCCAUGGCAACCGCUUUCAAUGACGUGUUUAAGGAUAAGUGCCAGAGCUACACCUCCGUUUGUGACGGAUUUUGGGAAUACUUGCAGCAGAAUUAUUUACGACGGUUGAAAUUAGUUGAUUUUUCGUAUAGUUCGCUGAAUUCCACCCUGGAACCGAAGGAACUAAUAGAGAUGGGAAGAAGAAUUCGGUUUAGCGGUCUGGGGGAUUACCUAGCCACUGACACAACGCCGCUAUACGACAUCAACGUCUUCCGAAAUGGAAAAUUUGAAAAGGUCGGAGAGUAUUUAAACAGAACGUUACAAGUGAACACUUCUUCACUGCAAUCGUACAAAAGCUCGGUCUGUGCGAGGGUUUGCGAGAAUUGUCGAUCAAAACCGGAAAUACCCUAUCGGUAUCAAUAUGGAGGGGACCAGAGUCAAGCAAUAAUACUAGGGAUUUUCCCUCUGCACACUAUUAAUGAGACUGAUAAAUAUGGCUGCGGGGAUCUGGACACUGGGUCGUACUUUGUCUUAGUCGUGGAGGCGUUUUUCUUUGCAGUGAAAGAAAUCAGCCAAAAAACAAACAUGAACUUCAGUGCUUUAGCCUUUGAUGACUGCUACAGCAAAAACAGGAUUUCCCUGAUACUGUCAGAAUUCUUCUCCGGAAAAUUGAAAAUUCCGGAUGAACAAGGAAAUUUCUUGGACCCAAACAAUGUGGUGACAGUUAUCGGCGCCGCCGCCAGUGGUGUUACUGUGCCGAUGACAUUUCAGUUCACGGCUUUGAGUAUUCCGGUCAUAAGUUACGCGUCGUCCUCGCCUGAUCUUGACGAUCGAAUCAACUACCCUUACUUCUUGAGGACAGUCCCUAGUGACGUGGACCAAGCCAGAGCCAUGAUAGAGAUAGUCAAGCACCUUAAGUGGAAGUACAUUGGAGGCAUUUUGUACGUGAACAACAACUACGGGAGUAAAGGGAAAGAACUCUUAAUGAGAUACGCCAAUGAAAGUGAUAUCUGCAUCGGAAAAGCCAUCGAACUUCAAGAAGCAGAAGACAAUUCUUACGAUGUAAUUGAUGAAAUGAAAAGAACCAACUCCGACGUGUUUUUGUACUUCGGGACGGACGUACGUCUGAAAUCUCUGCUGGUCAAUAUGAAGACGGACAAUUAUAAGUCUGUGGUUUUCCUGGCCAGCGAGGACUGGGGGGAGAGGCAGGACAUUCUAGACGAGCACGGUGAUGCUGUGAUUGGUUCGAUCACGUCGAAGUUCGAAACUAGGUCAGCCGUAACCGGAUUUGAUCCCUAUUUACAGGAUCUCAAACCCGACGUCCAAAACUCGAACGACUGGUUUCGGAAAUUUUGGACCAACUUCUUUAACUGUAAUCCUCCUGGGAGAUUCGACAAGACCAAAACCAAUGAUUGUCCUCCCAGUACGGAGUUCCCUCGGCCGAAAAUUGAGCAGUGGGUCAAAAAUCAGCGUAUUGUCCACGUCAUGAACGCGGUGUUCGCUGUGGGGACGGCCAUGGUCCGGGUGAAAGAGAAGCUGUGUCAGGGAGUCUCGUACCCGUGCGAAAACAUCAAGAGUCAUGUGGACGACGUGGUGAAGGAAAUCCAGGCUGUGGAAUUGUCAGGUGGCGGUUUAACCUACUCUGUGUUCAAUGCAAAUCGAAAUGGGAAUGUUGGAUUCCAAAUUCUCAAUAUACAGAGGAGAGAUGUUACGUCUUACCAAUACAGACAGGUUGGAGAGUACAAGAAUGGACAACUAACGCUCUCUUCCAACUUCCGGUUCUAUAACGCCAGUGGUAAUCCCCGGGAGAUAAAAGCGCUGUGCACCAAGGAAACCUGCUCACACUGUUUAUUCUCCAAACCUGCAGAGAGCGCCUCAAGCACGUCUAUAGUCGAUCCGUAUGGAACCGAGGAGUUCCGCAUAGCUGAAAUCAUUUUAAUCGCGCUACUCGGAUUUUUCUUGGUCUUCUUCAUCUUUUCAAUAGUUAUCAUAACGAGAUACUUCAAAUCCAAAAUCAAAGGUAUCAUAGAAAAUAAACCCAAAGUAAUGUAUGUUAACGAGACACCUGCUGCGUCGAAUCCCUUACUUUUAGGAAACGGAAUCCAUUUUCAGAAUCCGGGUCACUCCAAUGGCACCAUGUCCGUAAGGAACGACGGAUCAUCCGGACAACGUGGUUUUGACAACCAAGCCUUCGUUCGCGAAAGCUACAAUCAUUUAAACGACGGCUCAGAAACCUCUUCUUCUCGAGGACAGAGGCUGGACUACUCUCCUCUCUCCCCAGACCCGCCAGUGGUCGGGGGAAAACGGAUCAAAAGGACGAGCGAAAGUCAGGAAUUUCGACCCGACUUGCCUCCAAGAGAUCAUCCGCCGUCGCGGAUAAAGUACAACAGUAACUCGUCUCUUGACAGCGGCGGGACAACGACCCCCACCGUGCCUAAGAUGGGGAUUACACGCUCUAUGCAGGCCAAUGGGCAGGUGCCCGGGGAAUCUGGUACCCCAUCCCCGACUGGACCGAAAUCGGCACGUCUCCUUCCAACCAUUGACCCCAUCACUCACACACCAGUAUCGCCAUUAGCAUCACCCACACACUCAUCGUCGUCCUCAAGUCAGAAAAUGGGGCCUUCUCCGCGGGUCAUUUUACGAAAUUUACCCUUGGCUGAUAAAAAUAUGCACUCCCCGUCAGGAGGUUAUCAGAUGACGUCAGCGCAUUUAUCUCACAACCUUAAUUCACCACAUGGAAGUGUUUCGCCGGAAGAUAUAUCCGCGGAAUUUCCUCCACCUCCGGAUUUUACUCAACCAAUUCCAACCUCCGUUCCUCAAACUGCAAAAAUAAAAUCUAGAAUCAGCGCUAGCAGGUCCGCAGAAGAAGCCGCUCGCAUUUCUAGAGUUUGAUUGUUUACAAUUGUAUGAAUUAUACCGAUAUCCGGAAUGAGAAUCUCAUAAUCAUUUCCAGUUUUAUAUAAUUCAUAAAAGGAAAAAAUCGUAUCCGGAAAGGGAAAUUCACGAUACCAGGGAUCAUUGCAUGAAUAUUUAUAAUGUGUUUACUGUUCCUACAUUCAAUGUAGGACCAUAUGUCAUUAAUGUCACGUCAUCAGAGUGUUUGCAUCAGUUACCAAAAAGUCGGAAAGCUUUCUACGUGGACGUCAUUUUAAAAGUGACUUCUGUUUUCACUUGGAAAUCAGAUUUUUGAUAGACUGAUAUUAUUACUCAUUUUGAUUAGAACAGGAUUCUUGUUACCUUUAUUCGUUACAUCAUUCUUUUCAUCAUUGACAUACGACUUAUGCAAGUCGAGAUAUUACUACACGUAUAAGAUUGUGUAUAUACUAUUUUUUUAAAAUGUUUAUAAAAAUAAAAUAAAUAUAUUUAUUACAAUAGUA